AUGGCCACAUAGCUGGAGGCUCUGAUUUCCUUGAAUACAGCUGCUUCCACUCUUGAGAGGGAUAAGGAAAUUUGAGAACAGCGUGUGUAUCUCAUUGGGUGGUUGCCUCUGUAUAGACAAAGGAAUAGUUUGUGAGUUGAGGGUGUAUGUGUGUGAGAGAGGGAGAGACUGUGUGUGUGUUAACUACUUCUGACUACUUACCAUGGAAAGCUUCGAUCUGGAGAAGAAAGAGAAACACUGCUGUAUCCGUAGGAUGCAUGUUGCUAUCAUCUGUUUGGUCAUCAUAGUAACAGGCAUUGCUGUGGGACUUGGUGUGGGACUGAACCAGAAGACUUCCUCUCCGGAGAGCACGGUGAGCCCAACGACUCCCCCUCCAACCCGGGGGCCCUGCAAAGCCUCCAACAACACCAGCGGGGGCUGGACCAAUUUCCGCCUGCCAAACUACAUCACACCAUUCCACUAUGACCUGCACAUGGAGCCGGACCUGAACACAGAUGUGUACACUGGGACCGUGGCUAUCCACCUGAAACUGAGUAAGCCCAGCUCUCACCUGUGGCUGCACAUCCGAGAGACCUUUGUCUCUGUCAUUCCCACCCUGAAGCUCAGCGGCCCAGCCGACACCAGUGGCGUGGCUGUUAAGGGAUGCUUCGAGUACAAGGAGCGUGAGUAUGUGGUGGUGGAAGCCGCCAAGGAACUGAGGGCCACCAGUGCCGAUGAGCACUACAUCCUCACGCUGCACUUCCAAGGCUGGCUCAACGGGUCCCUGGUCGGCUUUUACAGCACGACCUACCAGGAGAACGGAGUCACCAGAAAAAUCGUGGCCACAGACCACGAACCCACCGAUGCUCGUAAAUCUUUUCCCUGUUUUGAUGAGCCGAACAAAAAGGCCACAUACAGCAUCUCUAUCACUCAUGAUGAGAGUUAUAAAGCUCUGUCCAACAUGCCAGUGGAGCACAUAAAGAAGCUUCCUGGCCAAAAGGAAACGACCUAUUUUGAAAAAUCUGUUAAGAUGAGCACCUACUUGGUAUGUUUCGCCGUGCACCAGUUCGCCUGUGUACAGCGCAACUCCACGAGGGGAGUUCCACUGAAGAUCUAUGCCCAGCCAUUGCAGAUCCACACAGCUGAAUAUGCUGCAAAUGUUACUAAGGCCAUCUUUGAUUAUUUUGAAGAAUACUUUGACAUGCCAUACUCUAUAGGGAAGCUUGAUAUGAUAGCAAUCCCAGACUUUGGGACAGGAGCAAUGGAAAACUGGGGCCUGAUCACCUACAGAGAGACCAAUCUGCUGUAUGAUGAGAAGGAGUCUUCAUCAUAUAACAAGCAGAAUGUGGCCAGUGUCAUUUCCCACGAACUCGUGCACCAGUGGUUUGGGAACAUUGUCACUAUGGCCUGGUGGGAUGACCUGUGGCUGAAUGAGGGAUUUGCCAGCUUCUUCGAGUAUGUGGGAGUGGAGCAGGCUGAGCUCAGCUGGGGGAUGCGUGACAUCAUGCUUGUGGAUAAUGUAUUUCCUGUCAUGGCUGAUGAUGCACUCAUCUCCUCUCACCCUAUCAUCGUAGAGGUAUCUACUCCAGCUGAGAUUACGUCUGUCUUUGAUGCCAUUUCAUAUAACAAGGGAGCGUCAAUUUUGAGGAUGUUGGAGUACUGGAUGGGUCGAGACAAAUUUAGAGAUGGUUGUCGGAAAUAUCUGAAAGACUUCACUUUCCAGAAUGCAAAUACUUCAGAUUUUUGGAAAGCACAGGCAGAGGUAAGCCAGUACCCUGUCGCAGAUGUUAUGGACACAUGGACCAAACAGAUGGGCUACCCAGUACUCAGUCUUACCAGCACAGCCACGGGGACCACACUUACCCAGGAGAGGUUUCUCUUGAACCCUAAUGCAGACCCCACACAACCCAGCACUCCUCUGGGCUACAAAUGGACAAUUCCUGUGCAGUUUCACUCAUUGACCACUAACACCACCACAACCAUCCUGUUUGAUAAAGGUCAAGCAGAGUUACCUAUCACAGACUACUCUCCUUCAACUGAUAGACUCAUUAAAGUCAACAAGGACCACAUGGGUUUUUAUCGUGUCAAUCACCAUGACAGCAUGUGGAGUGCCAUCAGCCAGCAGUUGUUAACAGACCACCUGGUGUUCAGUGCAGCAGACAGAAGCAGUUAUAUUGAUGAUGUAUUUGCUUUGGCAAGGGCAGAUGUUGUUAAUUAUGGGAUUUCCUUUGACUUAACCAAAUACCUGGCCAACGAGACAGCCUACAUUGUGUGGAAGAGAGUCUCCUCUUCAAUAGCUUAUGUGAGGGACAUGUUGGCAUCGAACUCCACACUCUAUCCCAAAUUUCAGAAGUUUAUCCGUGACCAUGUGCAGAAGAUCUCCAGGGAGCUUGGCUGGGAUGAUGUGGGAACCCAUACAGAACGGCUGCUGAGGGAGACAGUACUUGGCAUUGCGUGCCAGAUGGGUGACACUGAGAUUCUUGAUCAGGCUUCUGUGAUUUUUAAACAGUGGAUCAAUGGAACAGAAAGCAGUGUGCCAGUGAACCUGAGGCUACUGGUGUACCGGUACGGAAUGAAGAACGCAGGAACAGCAGUAAGCUGGGAGAUCAUGCUUGAGCGGUACCUCAGUGCCACACUGGCUCAGGAGAAAGACAAGCUUCUGUAUGGCCUGGCUUCUAUAGAAGAUGUCUCACUCCUCAGCAGGCUGCUGGAGGCAUCUAAGAAUGAGAGCCUUGUGCGAGGACAAGACGUGUUUAACUUGGUGCGUUAUGUGUCCCUAAACAAGUAUGGUGAAAGCAUGGCAUGGGACUGGGUCACCCUCAACUGGGACUAUUUAGUGAACAGGUACACUAUUACAGACAGAAACCUGGGUCGUCUGCUUACCAGAAUAAGUAGUUCAUACAACACAGAGCUGCAGCAGUGGAAGAUGCAAAACUUCUUUGCUCUGCACCCAAAUGCUGGAGCAGGAGAAAUGCCCAGAAAGCAGGCCCUGGAGACCGUGAGCAACAACAUUGAGUGGGUGACAAGCAACCGAGAUGAGAUCCAGCUCUGGCUAGACAGCAAUGUGGCCUGAAGAUGUUGACAUACACACCGCUCCAUCCUACCUCCACAUACAUCGUGCAAUCUUUGUACCCUCCAUUACUUACCAUAAAAUUAAAAUAAGCAGGAAUCAACAACCUGUACACCUAACUAAUCAGGCCUAAUGUACAGUGGCACAAUAAACUCACAGAUGAUGGACAAGAAUGCAGCCCUGUAGUUUCUAAGAUUACAUAUAAUGCACAGUUCAACAUAAAUGUUUGAAUAAUAAUACUGUGGUAAAGGUCUGUACAUGUUAAAUUUAUAUUUAAAAUCUAAGUGUAGGUUAUAGUUGAACUCUGUGUAUCGUUCAAUGUAGCAUGAUUAAAUGUUAAGAAGGUUGUUGGGUUUGCUCUCUGUGUUAAUGUGACUAAUGAUUUGACAGAUGUGUACAAAAAUUAAAUAAAG